AUGAGCCACCAAGACCCAUCCGAGGCCAUCGCAAAGACUCUUCAGGAGUUGGAACACCUUCUGUCUGAGGCUGUCAAACUCGCGGGAUCAGCAGGUAUAGUUGACGGGCAAGAUCGAGCAGAGGACUGGAGACAGGCGUCUGCAAUGCUCACAUCGGCACAAUCUUCUGGGAAGUCUGAACAGCCAUCCGAGAAACCAUCCAGAGGGAUGGAUGUUGGCCCAGAUGGGGGUGACGACGAGUUACGCUUAAUCCCACCUGAACCGAUGGACGAUCACCAAGAUGACAGAACACCGAGAACCUCGUCAGUAAACCAGAUCCAGCAACCUAGUAAGCUUCCGGGACCAUCACGCACAAGUUUUCGGAGAAAGUCGACGCAGCUCACAGGGUUCAGACGCACAGCUAUACGACCCUCACCCAUCAUACGAUUACACGACAUAGAUUUGAACGAAGAUGACUCGGAUGACAAAGGUGGUCUGCUUCGGGGUCUUGAAAAUUCGGAUCUACCUCGUGCAGGCCACGAGAGGCACUUCACGAAUAUGUUUGGCGUGUCCUGCUCAAAAGUUGAUCUCAACGGCGCCCGUCACGUUGAUAUUGAUGAAAGUCCCGCCGAUAUCGACGUUCAUAAAACCUGCCACCAUGCACCAGUGGCGAGAAAUUGGCCCGACUCACGCAAGCGGUUUGCAGCAGCAGUAGCUUGUGUGAACGCGGCCUGCCUCGGACUUACCGUGGGUAUAUAUGCUGGAGAAGUGCCCGCUAUACAAUAUGUGAUCGUGGACCUGAACCGUCGGAUGAUAUUCGGAAACGUUCUGUUCUACUGUGGCCUUAUCAUUCCGACGCUGGUCUGUUGGCCUUUGCCGCUUCUACAUGGUCGCAAACCAUAUAAUGUGGCCGCUAUCAUAUUAGCAUUAUGCUUGCAAAUUCCACAAGGAGUGAUGGUCAUUUCAUUCAGGUCUCCGGACGUGGACAGAUACCGUGUGGUUUUGCUGUGGGCCAGGGGCAUGUCCGGCUUUGCCUUUGGGUUUGCCAACAUCAACAACCUGGCUACCCUGCUCGACGUAUUCGGAGCAUCUCUCCAGAGCAGCCGGUCGCAUGAAGCAUCGGCAGAUCCCUACGACGUUCGACGACACGGUGGGGGAAUGGGCGUAUGGCUUGCCAUAUGGACAUGGUGUACAACUGGGUCCAUCGCGGUUGGCUUCGUCAUUGGAGCAUUCAUUAUCAGUGGUGCUUCGGUUGAUUGGGGUUUCUGGACAUCGCUAUUGUUGUUGAUGGGGGCUCUCCUGCUGAAUGUUAUCGCACCAGAGGUUCGUCGAUCAGCCUUUCGUCGUACAUUAGCAGAAGUAAUUGGGGAGGGGGGAAGCUUCAGUCGAGUCGCUCGUGGAGAGGUCAAGCUGCAUCUCACAGGUAAUGGGCCAUACUGGUGGGGCGAAGAAAUCAAGGCUGGACUUCACCUCAGCUGGAAAAUGAUUCGGCAACCAGGCUUUCUCAUUCUGUCCGUGUAUACAGCGUGGACAUAUGCUCAGUUCACCUUGAUUCUGAUGCUGCUGGGAGCUUUAACAUCUACACUUUACCGAUAUCGCCCAAUAGACGUUGGACUCUGCGUUCUGUCACUGGCCAUUGGAUCGGCCUUGGCAAUACCGUUUGAGAAGGCUUCAUGGUUCAGCCGUGCUCGCUACUAUCCUCCGAGGACUGACAGCAUGACAUUUCAAAGAUCUUUGCCUUGGAACUCUCAUACCCUUCGUCGGGCCCUUGUCAUGGUUGUCCUACCACUUGCAGCCAUUUCAUAUGGCUUGACGUCCCGAGGACCAGCAUUUCCUGUGGCGGCACCAUGCGUGUUUGCGGCUCUCGUGGCCUAUGCUUCCACUCUGGCCAUCGGCGAGUGUUACGCCUUGAUCAUGCAAAACUUCGACGUGUCGGACCUGCAGCCAGGAAUGACAGGACGGCCAGUACGAAACUCUAUCUCGAUGCGCUAUCGUGAGCAAAGGACCAACUUUACCUGUUAUCCGAGAGUCAGUGCCGGGGUGGCCGUGACCCAAUCACUUGAGUUUGUGUUUGGCGCCGCAUCGGUUGGCAUUUGUGGCCGCGUGGAAAGGAAAGUUGGAGCGAUGCAGGCAGCUCUCAUCGUUGCAGGGAUCUUGAUGGCGUUGACAUUGUUACUGAUAAGUGUGUUGAUCCGACGGAAGACGGCCCAAAUGAUUCCCAGUACGAGAAAAGGGCUGGACGAUGACAACGAAGGAUGGGAACCAGUAGUGCUAGGGCAUCCAAGCGGGUUGACUCGAAAAAUCAGUCUUCUCGAAUCAGGCGGCCAGACCAGAUUCUCAGAGAUCCGCAGAAGAAACAAACUCGACGCGAGCCUGACAGGACGCUGA